AUGUCCACAGUUUCCAAUUUAAGUAACGCACCUACCUGUGUUGACCAUGAUCAAGAGAAUAAAGACAUAAGCAGCCAAGCUGGCGAGUUGGAGCAAGGUUACAACCAAAACAUUAGUGAAAUAAUGAAGCUACCAAAGUUACCUGAUAGAGCACCAUUUGAAGUUCGCUUUAAUGGACCAAAAGACCUCUACGACCCUUAUAAUUAUCCCUUAUGGCGAAAGUUAUUAUACAUUCUUUCUGCUGCAUUAACAAUUUUUGCAAUAACCUUUGGUUCAACCAUAUUCGCCCAAGGAGUGGAAGACUUGAUGCGAUUUCAUCAAAUCAGCUAUGCAGUUGCUAGUUUGACAACUUCACUUUUCAUCCUCGGAUUUGCUUCAGCUCCAAUAAUUUUUGGUCCCGUGUCUGAAUUAAUUGGUAGGAAAAGUGUUUUGAUUGUAUGUUGUUUCGGUUAUGUUUGUUUUACAUUCGGAGCUGCAUCAGCACGGGACCUUCAAACGAUCAUGUUUUGUCGGUUCUUUUCCGGAUUUGUUGGUGGUGGGCCUUUAAUUGUUGCUCCUAGUGUAUUAACUGAUUUGUUUUCACAAAAGCAUCGUGCUAUAAUUAGCAUUGUUUCUUCGUUGGUGUUUUUUAGUGGAAGUAUGUUUGGGGCUAUUGUUGGUGGAUUUGUUACCGCAAAUAAAAGUUUAGGCUGGAGAUGGAAUUCCUAUUUGAGUGGUGUCAUUGGAGCAGUCGCAUUAUUUUGCAGUUGCGUUAUGUUGAAAGAAACUCACCGCCCAACGUUGUUAGCUAGAAAAGCGCAACACUUACGAAGAGAGACUGGCAUAUGGGGGAUUUACGCAAAACAAGAGGCAAUUACUUUCGAUUGGAAAGCAAUAGCAACCGAAAAUGCUGUUAAACCAAUCACCUUGAUGAUUACUGAACCUAUUAUUCUAUUGUUUGGUCUCUACAAUGGCUUUGUUUAUGGAAUGUUGUAUGCAUUGCUAUCAAUCAUUCCAAUGGUCUUUCAAGGUGGAUAUCGAUGGAGAGCAGGAAUUUCGCAGCUACCUUUCUUGUCAAUGUUGCUUGGGGUGUUUGUGGGAGGAACAAUAUUAACUUACAUUAGGUUACUGCAGAAUCAUAAAAUGAGUAAAGCAAAUGCAUCACCAAUUCCAAAAGCUGAACUACCGCCCAUAAUUGUAGGUGGCAUUGCGUUUGUGAUUGGGAUUCUUCUCAUAGGUUGGGCUGGUGAUUACCCCCACUACAUUCAUUGGAUAAUACCCAUAAUAGGAGCAUUCUUAAUUGGUAAUGGAAUCAUGUCUGUAUAUCUAGGGUCAAUGUCUUAUAUAUAUGGAUGUUAUGAAUCCUUGGCCGUUUUUGCAUCAGUGAGUUGCGCAUUCAUGAGAUGCGCUUUCGGUGCUGCUUUCCCAUUAUUCACUAGACAAAUGUUCAGCAAGCUAACUAUAAAGUGGGCAUCAGUUUUGUUGGCAGGGGUGGGUAUAUUAUUAAUCGCGGUGCCGUUGGUGUUUUAUAGAGUUGGAGAUAGAGUUAGACGCAGAUCAAAGUACGCUAAGGAAUAA